CGGCGAAGGCCCGUGUGCUGCGGGCGGCGCUGACGUGUCGGAGGGAGCGGCGGCGGCCCCGGCGGCACCAUGUCGAAGGUCACCUUUAAAGUGACGCUCACCUCGGACCCCCGGUUGCCUUACAAAGUGUUAAGCGUGCCUGAGAGCACACCUUUCACAGCUGUCCUCAAGUUUGCUGCAGAAGAAUUCAAAGUUCCUGCAGCAACAAGUGCCAUUAUAACAAAUGAUGGUAUAGGAAUAAACCCUGCACAGACAGCAGGAAAUGUGUUUCUAAAGCAUGGUUCAGAUCUACGGCUCAUUCCCAGAGAUCGCGUUGGGAGCUCCUAACAUCUCCUGAAGGCUGGAGAAUAGGUGACAUUGCUUUGCAGCAGAGGUCUAUUUAUUUUGGAACUCCAAAAUGCACCUGAUGAAUUGGACUUUUUUAAAGCAAGCAAAACUGAGUUCCCAGGAUUUUUUUUUUUUUUUAAACAGAUAAAAGUUCAUUUUCCUGUUAAAAAGCAUUAACUCAUGCAUUGAAUCUUCCCUGAUUAGUAGAAGAACAGGCUGACUGCAUGUUAUGUUGCUGUAAGAAAGACAGACUUCUCUGUAGGUGUUACUGACAACACAAGGGUAAGCACAGCCACCAUCAAUAGAUACUUAAAAUACUGGAUAUUAAACUCACUUUGUGAAGAGGGAAACUGUGUUAUGAUGUUGCUACAAAGAAAUUAUUUCUACUGAGUGCUAAAAGAUGGGUUUUUUGUGUAUUUUUUUUCUAAAGUUAAUUCCAUGUUCAUGGGAACAGCAUUCACCUGAUUCAUGUAUUGAUCUCAAGUAGAAGUGAGAUUUCAGGAGUUUAUUACUCAAAUAAGUAAACAGCUGCCAAAUGCUCCAAAGUAAUUCUAAGAUUUAAUUGCUGCAAGUAUUUGAGAUUAAAAGCAGAUUUCUCUAUUUUAAGACUUCAUUUUUAUUUACUAUGAAGUAAGAUUAAUCUUAAUUUCAGAGAAUUUGCAAGACCUAGUCUCCUCACAUGAAGUGCCAUCAGCUGGGAAGGACUGCAGUGUAAUUUGGGAAUGUGUAGACUGGUCAAAUAUGUCAUUCCUUUUUCACUAAACUAGUACUGGUUCUUUCCAGAAGUCUUGGUUUUGUUGCUGCCUGUUACAUAGAAAACAGCAUAGAAUUCACUGAAAUAUUUUUGUUCAGAUUAGAAAUUGCCAGGUGUACACUGUCAGUUGUGUAUUUUAAGUAGAGAAAUUGCUGCUUUUCUUGAACUGGUUGUCUGUGCUGUGAUUUAAUGUAUUUGGAAAAAUAUUACCAUAUUUCAUUUUUUUUCUGUUCUACUGAGUUGAACAGAAGGAACAAUGGGUAUUGCAGUGCUUGCUUAAAUGAAUAUUGUCACAAAUACAACUGUCCUGUGCAAUCAUCAUGCUUUAGAGAGAUGUUGAGAUAAUGUGUCAGAUAAUGCAGAAGUACAAAAUGCCCUUCUGAGUGGGUGUAAGCUUAGGAAAUAAAGAAAAACUUCAGAAAUCAAUAUUUGCCCAUAAACAGCUUCCAAAUUUAAGAUUAAUUGUAAAAUUCUGUAUUUUUCUUUAAUAAACAAUUAAAUGAAAAAGUUCAAAUGUU